AUGAUUAAUUAAUACAUUGAAAUCAUUAAACAACUCAGACUUAUUAAGAUCGAACAACUAUUACUACAGAAGUUAAUUUACAAAUUGGCAAACCAACUGCGACAUUUCCCAGAGUUCAGAAUGCUCAAGAAGUUCAAUAAACAAACAACCAAAAUCAUUCAAUCGUGUACUCAAUAAAUUAAAGACAACUCAUUGUAAGGACCAUAGAUAGUAGAGUCAAUCGAGAAGACACAAUCCUUCUUAUUAACGCUGUCUUAUGUCAUCACGGGAAAUAUUAAAAGAAAAUUACUCAUCUAGUUCUAACUCUUAACUUUUGGUGCAAUAAGCAGAAUAUAGGCAUGCUUUGAUCAAGUUAAAAAUAUAAUUAAUUAAAUGGAAUAAGGCAAAACAAGCGCAAAUCCGUAAGUCAUUUCUUGA